CCAAUAAUAAAGUCACUCAAUCCAAUCCCUAAUAGAUUCUAGUAACAUAUUAAAAUGAACAUUAACCAGUAUCAGUUCUGCAUGUGAAAUCUUUUUUCUAUGAUUCAAAUCCAUUCUAAACCAGAGUGAAUGUUUUGUAUUGAGAGAUAAACUCAAAGUCGGAUGAUUUUGGCGCCUAAUUGUCAUGGAAUCCCUUCCCCUCUAACACCCUCCUCCUCCGGCCGCCUUCUCUAUCACAGACUCACCUUCAUCCAUCAUCAGUUAUGUUGCAUCUCUCUCAUAUUCUCGUCUCUCCAUUAACAAUUACCCCUUCCGUAAGCUGUUUUCGCCAUCCUCCUUAAUCGUCACAGCUACUUUGCUAUCGUCCGUUAGGUUACCUUCCCUCAAAGCCCUAUUUGCCAUCACUAGGUUGAUUCGAGGUUUUGGCGAAAAUAUGCGGAAGAAAUCAGAAACAACUUGCACUUGGCGACAAAUAUUUUCUAAUUGCUAAUUGUGUCAAGUUAAGUGCAUAAACACCACAUGGGAGAAGUAUUGUGCAUAAUCCAUAGAAAUAUUGUGUCAACUAUCAAUUUGGACUGUAAGUUGGAGCUAAAAUCAAUUGUGCUGCUAGCUAAUUAAUGUUGAGUAUAACUACAAUCUAAAGGUACAUUGUUUUUUUUUUUUUUUUUUAAAUUUGACAAUGAUAGUCUACCAACAAUUUAUCCCCACACAUUUCCUUUGACAAAUUGUUUCAAGAUUAAUGAUAGUCUACCAACAAUUUUGUUGCUGUCAAACACUCUGACAUGCUAACAAAAGCAAAUAAUCUGAUGACGAUAAUGUAUACUGUUUAAAUAUGCACUUUUAAUUAUCAACACUCAGAUAGGAAAUAUAAAAGUAUUCAAGCAAUGCUUUGGAUUUUCGAUUGACAAUGCUGAUAAUAAAAUAAAAAGGUAUCUCAUAUGAAGCGCAGAAAAUUUUUUAGUCUGCACCCAGUUACACAAUUUCCACCACAGUACUUCUACUACAUUCUUGGCCUUUAUUAGUGGUAUCCUACAACAACUUGAUAAGCAAUGAGAAUUCCUGCAAUACUUCUCUUUCAACUUGUGUACGUUAACCUUAUUCCAAGAAACCUAAUAAUAUUCAUGCAAUUCCUGUAAACAUUAACACACAGCUAAGUCACGUAGUAUAAAAAUUUAACUUAAGAAACUGUAUGAAAUACUAGAAAACUUUUAUUAGUAGAAUUUUAAUAAUAGAAAGGUAGAAUUACCUCAAAAAUACAAAUGUACUAGAUGUAUGAAAUACUAGAAAACCAAAAGUGCACUAAGCUGGACACUUAAAUCCUUCUGGUGGAUGUUUGCCACAAUCAACUAGAAGCUGAAGAGCAAUGGGUAAAACAAGGUUUACAUUGAGAAGCUUGAGUUUGAUAGUGCUGCAGAGACACACAGCAGCAUCUAAAUCCGCAAGUCCUUGAAUCAACGGACAACACGUCUGUUUAGCACUACCACCAAUUCCAAUAUGUAUGAUUCCACCAAGUACAUCAACACAUGCACCCAAUUUCAAAGCAUCAAUAGGGCAUGUUGGUUGUGCAGGUGGUGGACAUGGAGAUCCACUAGGUGGUGUUGGUGGUGUCUUCACAGGCGGUGUAGGUGUUGGUGGACUAAUAACUGGUGGUUUUGGUGUUGGUGGAGUAGUUGGUGGCGGUUUUGGAGUUGGUGGUGUAAUCACUGGUGGUGUAGGUGUUGGCGGACUAACAACUGGUGGUUUAGGUGUUGGCGGUGUAACAACUGGUGGUGUUGGUGGAGUAGAUGUAGGCGGUUUUGGUGUUGGUGGUUUAAUCACUGGCGGUGUAGGUGUUGGCGGACUAACAACUGGUGGUUUUGGUGGUGUAAUCACUGGCGGUGUUGGUGGAGUAGUUGUUGGCGGUUUUGGUGUUGGUGGUGUAAUCACUGGCGGUGUUGGUGUUGGCGGACUAACAACUGGUGGUUUUGGUAUUGGUGGAGUAGUUGUAGGCGGUUUUGGUGUUGGUGGUGUAAUCACUGGCGGUGUAGGUGUUGGCGGACUAACAACUGGUGGUUUUGGUGGUGUAAUCACUGGCGGUGAUGGUGGAGUAGUUGUUGGCGGUUUUGGUGUUGGUGGUGUAAUCACUGGCGGUGUUGGUGUUGGCGGACUAACAACUGGUGGUUUUGGUGUUGGUGGUGUAAUCACUGGUGGUGUUGGUGGAGUAGUUGUAGGCGGUUUCGGUGUUGGUGGUGUAAUCACUGGCGGUGUAGGUGUUGGCGGACUAACAACUGGUGGUUUUGGUGGUGUAAUCACUGGUGGUGUUGGGGGAGUAAUUGGCGGUUUUGGUGUUGGUGGUGUAAUCACUGGCGGUAAUGGUGUUGGCGGACUAACAACUGGUGGUUUAGGUGUUGGUGGUGUAAUCACUGGUGGUGUUGGUGGAGUCGUUGUAGGCGGUUUUGGUGUUGGUGGUGUAAUCACUGGCGGUGUAGGUGUAGGCGGACUAACAAUUGGUGGUUUUGGUGGUGUAAUCACUGGUGGUGUUGGUGGAGUAGUUGUAGGCGGUUUUGGUGUUGGUGGUGUAAUCACAGGCGGUGUAGGUGUUGGCGGACUAACAACUGGUGGUCUUGGUGGUGUAAUCACUGGAGGUGUUGGUGGAGUAGUUGUUGGCGGUUUUGGUGUUGGUGGUGUAAUCACUGGCGGUGUAGGUGUUGGCGGACUAACAACUGGUGGUUUUGGUGGUGUAAUCACUGGGGGUGUUGGUGGAGUAGUUGUUGGCGGUUUUGGUGUUGGUGGUGUAAUCACUGGCGGUGUAGGUGUUGGCGGACUAACAACUGGUGGUUUAGGUGUUGGUGGUGUAAUCACCGGUGGUGUUGGUGGAGUAGUUGUUGGCGGUUUUGGUGUUGGUGGUGUAAUCACUGGCGGUGUUGGUGUUGGAGGUUUCGGUGUUGGUGGUGUAAUCACUGGUGGUAUUGGCGGACUAACAACUGGUGGUUUUGGUGUUGGCGGUGUAAUCACUGGUGGUGUUGGUGGAGUAGUUGUUGGCGGUUUUGGUGUUGGUGGUGUAAUCACUGGAGGUGUAGGUGUUGGCGGACUAACAAUUGGUGGUUUUGGUGGUGUAAUCACUGGUGGUGUUGGGGGAGUAGUUGUUGGCGGUUUCGGUGUUGGUGGUGUAAUCACUGGUGGUGUUGGUGUUGGAGGAGUAACAACUGGUGGUGUCGGUGUUGGCGGUGUAAUCACCGGUGGUGUUGGUGGAGUAGUUGUGGGCGGUUUCGGUGUUGGUGGUGAAAUCACUGGCGGUUUUGGUGUUGGUGGAGUAGUUGUUGGCGGUUUCGGUGUUGGUGGUGUAAUCACUGGCGGUGUUGGUGUUGGCGGAGUAAUAACUGGAGGUGUUGGUGUUGGAGGUUUCGGUGUUGGUGGUGUAAUCACCGGCGGUGUUGGUGUUGGCGGAGUAACUAUUGGUGGUGUUGGUGUUGGCGGAGUAAUCACUGGAGGAGCAGGUGGAGUAGUUGUUGGAGGUUUAGGUGUUGGUGGUGUAAUCACUGGCGGUGUUGGUGUCGGUGGAGAAACAAUUGGCGGUGUUGGUGUUGGCGGUUUCGGUGUUGGUGGUGUAAUUACCGGCGGUGUUGGUGUUGGUGGAGUAACAACUGGAGGUGUUGGUGUUGGGGGCGUAAUCACUGGUGGUGUUGGUGGAGUAGUUGUUGGCGGUUUCGGUGUUGGUGGUGUAAUCACUGGAGGUGUUGGUGUUGGCGGAGUAAUAACUGGAGGUGUUGGUGUUGGAGGUUUCGGUGUUGGCGGAGUAACAACAGGUGGUGUUGGUGUUGGCGGUGUAAUUACUGGUGGAGUAGGUGGAGAAGUUGUUGGAGGUUUUGGUGUUGGUGGUGUAAUCACCGGCGGUGUUGGUGUUGGUGGAGAAACAAUUGGCGGUGUUGGUGUUGGCGGUUUCGGUGUUGGUGGUAUAAUCACCGGCGGUGUUGGUGUUGGAGGCGUAAUCACUGGUGGUGUUGGUGGAGUAGUUGUUGGCGGUUUCGGUGUUGGUGGUGUAACCACUGGCGGUGUUGGUGUUGGCGGAGUAAUAACUGGUGGUGUUGGUGUUGGAGGUUUCGGUGUUGGUGGUGUUAUCACCGGCGGUGUUGGUGUUGGCGGAGUAACAACUGGUGGUGUUGGUGUUGGCGGUGUAAUCACUGGUGGAGUAGGUGGAGUAGUUGUUGGAGGUUUCGGUGUUGGUGGUGUAAUCACCGGCGGUGUUGGUGUUGGUGGAGUAACAAUUGGCGGUGUUGGAGUUGGCGGUUUCGGUGUUGGUGGAGUAAUAACUGGUGGUGUUGGUGUUGGCGGUGUAGGUGGAGUAGUUGUUGGUGGUUUCGGUGUUGGUGUUGGUGGAGUAACAAUUGGAGGUGUUGGUGUUGGAGGUUUUGGUGUUGGUGGUGUAAUCACCGGCGGUGUUGGUGUUGGUGGUGUAAUCACCGGCGGUGUUGGUGUUGGCGGCGUAAGAACUGGUGGUGUUGGUGUUGGCGGAGUAGGUGGAGUAGUUGUUGGAGGUUUAGGUGUUGGUGGUGUUAUCACCGGCGGUGUUGGUGUUGGUGGAGAAACAAUUGGUGGUGUUGGUGUUGGUGGUUUCGGUGUUGGUGGUGUAAUCACCGGCGGUGUUGGUGUUGGUGGAGUAACAAUUGGGGGUGUUGGUGUUGGCGGAGUAACAACUGGUGGUGUUGGUGUUGGCGGUGUAAUCACUGGUGGAGUAGGUGGAGUAGUUGUUGGAGGUUUCGGUGUUGGUGGUGUAAUCACCGGCGGUGUUGGUGGAGUAACAAUUGGCGGUGUUGGAGUUGGCGGUUUCGGUGUUGGCGGAGUAACAACUGGUGGUGUUGGUGUUGGCGGUGUAAUCACUGGUGGUGUAGGUGGAGUAGUUGUUGGAGGUUUCGGUGUUGGUGGUGUAAUCACCGGCGGUGUUGGUGUUGGUGGAGUAACAAUUGGAGGUGUUGGUGUUGGAGGUUUCGGUGUUGGUGGUGUAAUCACCGGCGGUGUUGGUGUUGGUGGAGUAACAAUUGGCGGUGUUGGUGUUGGUGGUGUAAUCACUGGCGGUGUUGGUGUUGGCGGAGUAAUAAUUGGUGGUGUUGGUGUUGGCGGUGUAAUUACUGGUGGUGUAGGUGGAGUAGUUGUUGGAGGUUUCGGUGUUGGUGGUGUAGUCACCGGCGGUGUUGGUGUUGGUGGAGAAACAAUUGGCGGUGUUGGUGUUGGCGGUUUCGGUGUUGGUGGUGUAACAACUGGUGGUGUUGGUGUUGGUGGAGAAACAAUUGGCGGUGUUGGUGUUGGCGGUUUCGGUGUUGGUGGUGUAACAACUGGUGGUGUUGGUGGAGUAACAAUUGGCGGUGUUGGUGUUGGUGGAGUAAUCACCGGCGGUGUUGGUGUUGGCGGAGUAACAACUGGUGGUGUUGGUGUUGGUGGUGUAAUCACCGGCGGUGUUGGUGGAGUAACAAUAGGUGGUGUUGGUGUUGGCGGUUUUGGUGUUGGUGGUGUAAUCAUUGGCGGUGUUGGUGUUGGUGGAGUAGUUGUUGGCGGUUUUGGUGUUGGUGGAGUAACAACCGGCGGUGUUGGUGUUGGCGGUGUAAUCACUGGCGGUGUCGGUGGAGUAGUUGUUGGCGGUUUUGGUGUUGGUGGUGUAAUCACUGGCGGUGUUGGUGUUGGCGGACUAACAACAGGUGGUUUUGGUGUUGGUGGUGUAAUCACUGGUGGUGUUGGUGGAGUAAUAGUUGGCGGUUUUGGCGUAGGACCAUAUGGUGGCGUUAUUGGCGCAAUGGGUGGUUUAGGAAUAUGAGGUGGGCUCACCACAGGUGGAGUAGGACCAUAUGGUGGUGUUACUGGCGCAACUGGUGGUUUCGGCACGUGAGGCGGUUUCACAACAGGUGGAGUAGGACUAUAUGGUGGCGUUACAGGCGCAACCGGUGGUUUAGGACCAUGAGGUGGUUUCACAACAGGUGGCGGAUGUUUUGGUACAUAAGGUGGUUUAGGACCAUGAGGUGGUUUCACAACAGGUGGCGGAUGUUUUGGUACAUAAGGUGGGUGCUUUGUGGGGGGUUUUGGAACGUGAGGUGGAUGUACUGUUGGAGGUUUAGGAUGAUGAGGAGGGUAAACAUGUGGCGGUUUUGGUGAUGGUUUAGGAGGAUGAUUCUUUGGUGGCUUUUCAACUGGGUGUUUAACAACAGGAGUGUGGUGCGUUGGUGGCUUAGGAGAUGGUGUAGGACAAUAAGGAGCAGCAAGAACAUUGAGUAAGGUACUCAAGUUUAAGAAAAGGAUUAAAACAUUGGCUAUAGCAUAGUUUGCCAUGUUUCAAAGAUUGUACUACUGCUGCAUGCUACUACUGCUUCACACUCCACUUACAAUAAAUGGGUGAGUUAAGAUGUUUAUAUAGUGCAUACAAAAUCUUGAAAUUUUGAUAAAUCUUUGUCGUGGGUCACAUUCAACACUGUGUUACACCAAUCAAUGUAGCUAAAUAACAAUACUGUAUAUUGGCACUAUACUGUUCAUUGUUUUUUAUUGAAUCAUUUACUUGGAUCGACAUAAAAAUCACUGACUUGGAGUUAUAUGAUUGAAUGUAAUGUUUUCAGUGUAGGUUAUUGUUGCUUUAGUCAAAUAUGUUUAGUCUUUAAAAAAAUGUUUAUACUGCUAGAAUUAUGAAAUUUGGAAAUGUUAAAGAAAUGUUUAUACUGCUAGAAUAGUAGAAUUAUAGAAUUUGAAAAUAAGUUAGAUGAUAUAUUUUUAUCUUAUAAGCAAUAUGGUUGUAUAUCUGUCAUAACAUUCUUAACUUGUGUAUAUUCCAUAUGCUUGUGCAUUUCAUGAAAGGUGGAAAAGGAUUAAUCUAGUAGUGUUCCCAUUCACAUGUUUCCGAAACCAACCACUUAAUUAAGCUUAAUGAAUUAACUUAGAUCUUAUUUACAAUCUUUAACAUAUAUGUAUUUAAGUAUUCAAGGAUUGGGAUAAUUUUUAUUGGGUUAUAGAGAGAAACACCACAUGAUACGAUCAGUUCAUAAGUGACAUGAAAGGGUCAUACGACGGAACGGACGGGUGCGAUGAGCCCAUGUCCAUCACAGGCCAAUGACAGAUUAGGUGUUUUUGAAAGGGGAUGUUUUGGACAAGGCUGCUGGAGAAAACCGCUCCUCUGAUUUAUGUGAGAGAACAUAUGUAGUAAGUAUACGUCUUCGAUGAGGAGUUGCAGAAAGACUGAGACUGUUUUCUUACCACGAUCCUCCCUAAUCUUUGAAACUCAUAGAAUUCAUGCAUUAAUUCAAAAAUUUAGAUACAGAUAAAAGGUGUGCAAAAUAUUCGAUUAUGACGGCUAAAUUUAUUACUAGAUCUAAAUCUUCGUUAAAUAUCCGGAUUUGAUUUAUGGUUAUAAACCGGUUUAUUUACGUAUGAUUGGCUAUCCAACCAUAUUUUAUUUUUGAAUUUGGUUGAAAUCCAAUUAUUAUCUAAAUGUCCAAAUUAAAUAAAUAUUUCAAAUUUUCAUUGUGCUAAAUAUUCACUCAUAUACGUUUUGUCCCCUCCCUUUUAUCAUAUAACUACAAUUUAUCUUUCAAAUAAAUAUAUAAUUAUAAAUUUGUUAAAGGUUUUGCAGUGCUGUGUUUAAAAUCAAUAUAUAAUACAAUAUGUAAAAUUUUGAGAAAAUUUCUCACCCACCACAUAGCAUUUAGGUGUACCACCGAAUUGACAAAUUUGACCUCGUACUUUCGUAGAUGGAUCUCCGGAAGCAUUUUUUUAAAAAAAAAUUUAGUUUUUUUUUUCCAGAAAUGCAUCUACAGACUCCCUUAAAACGGAACCCCUUAAAACAUAGUAAAAGAAAUUAAUUUGGGAUUUUCCCAAUUAAUUAAUUUGUAACUUAAUUUAGGAUUUUUCCAAUUAAUUGGAAAAAUCUCAACUUUCACUAUGUUUUAACAAUUACGUAGAUGUCAUUAAACUUAAUUAAUUUGAGAUUUUCCCAAUUAAUUGGGAAAAUCUCCAAUUAAAUUAUAAAUUAAUAGAGAAGAUUCCAAAUUUUCAAUUAACUGGGAAAAAUCUUCUGUAGUUACAUCUAGGAAAAUGUUUGAUGGAGUUUGAUUAAUUGAGAAAAUCCCAAAUUCUCAAUUAAUUGGGAAAAACCUUUCGUAGUUACAUCUACGGAAAAGUUUGAACUUGGAAAAUUUCAAAUUAAUUGAAAAAAUCUCAAGAUUCACUAUGUUUUAUACGCUUCUGUAGAUGCAUCUACGGAUCCAUGAGUCUAUUGAGAAACUUUCAAUUUUGAAAUGCGCUGCUGUGCUAAAAUAGAUAAUAAUGUGACAAUUUCUUUAUCCACCUCCAUUGGGUGAGAAUCCCUGCUUAAAAUCCCAUACUCCUGAUUUCGGGGAUACAUCUCAGAAAACACUCUUUUUUUGUGUUUUCGGAUAUGCAUCUCCGAAAUAACUCAUUUUUAGGUGUUUUCGGAAAUGCAUCUCCAAAAACAAAAACCCUCAACCUUCUUCUCCGAAACAAAAACCCAUUUUUUUCUUUUUCUAUUAUCUUCUCUCUUCCAUUAUGGUGGUUGCAUCUAGGGGUGGGAAUAGGCUGGGCCGAGCUAGGUUUUGCCAAGCCUGAGCCUGGCCUGCUAAAAAAUUCAAAGCCUAAGCCUGGCCUGUAGCCUAUAGUAGGCUUAUUUUUUUGCCUAAGCCUGGCCUUUUAGAAGGUCUGAUUGGCCUGUUAGCCUACUUAAAAGCCUAUUUCAUUUGAACAUUUGUAAAUAAGUCAUUCAACUCAACUUUAUAUAGACUAACAAAUUAAAAGAUCAGUGAGAUUGAAUGUUUGUUUGCAUUGACUUAUUUGAGUUUACCUAGUUGUAUAAAUUUUGUGAUACUAUUUGUUUGAAAAAACUUAUGGAAGUAACUUAUGACAUUGUUCAUAAGAUUUUUUCCAUCUUAUUUUCAUAAUUUCUUUAAGAUAACUAAUAUUUAUUUUUAUAUUUUAAUUCAAAAUACAAAAUACAGUAUAAUAUUAAUAAAAUUAUUCAAAUUUAUUUAAAUAGGCCAGCCUCAUAGGCUUAAAAGGCUUUUUAUAUGGCCUGUGGCCUAGCCUUUUUAGCUAAAUAGGCUUAUAAAAAAGCCUAGGCCUUUUCUAUUUAUGUAAAAAGCCUGGCCUGGUCUUGGCCUAUGUAGGCUGGGCUGUAGGCCCCUGUUAGUCGGCCUGGCCUAUUCCCACCCCUAGUUGCAUCAAUUUGGUCCUUUUUUUCUGUUAUCUUCUCUCUUCCAUUACGUUGUUUAAAUUUGGUCCUUUCUCAAAAAAUCAAUGCACUUUCACACUCAUCAUCAAACAGAAUUCCAUUCUUUUCAAAAAAUCAACUCAAUUUUGUACCUACCAAUAAACACUAAUUCGGAAAUAUUAGUUUUUAAAAAAUGGAACAUAUGAAUCAUUACAAAAACCAAAGCUGCCCAUGACGGGGACUUUAAUCACUCAAUUGCAUCUACUUUGUUUAAAUUUGUUCCUUCUUCUCCAUUGUGCUUUGAGAAAAAUUGGACUUUGUGAUGAUAUUUCAGAAAUGCGUUUCUAAAAUAUUUUAAGGGGUUAUUUCGGAAGUGUAUUUUCGAAGGUAUUUUUUUUUUUUAUAAAAAUUGCAUUUUUCAAAAGUGUACAUCCAAAAUCAUUUUUUUUUCUUCAGAAAAAGAUGUCUUCGGAGAUGCACUUUUAAAAUAUAAGAGCGUUUUAGGAAUUUCGUGCAGAUUUUUAAGAAGGUCGGGGUGGAUAAAAAAAUUAUCUAGUAUAAUUUUUUUUUUACACAUACACCAUAUUAGUGUUGUUGCAAAUCAAAUAAAUUACAAUAAUUACAUCUAGGACAUCUAGUGCCAGUUUUAUUACAAAAACUGCUAUUGUUAAUUUUUUUUAAAAUUUGAAUAAUCUGUUGUAUUAAACAAAUUUGUGACUAGUAACUAAAUGUGGCCGUAACUAUUUUAAAGCUUACAUGAUGAGGAUCUAUAA